GGUUUCCGGCCGCGGCGGAAACUUCCGGUGGAGGCACUGUCCCGUGGCAGCCGGAGGGACUGAGGAGAGCCUGGAGUCCCGGGAGCGGCGACGAUGGACGACCACAGCCUGGAGGAGUUCCGUCGGUGCUGGCAGGAGGAGCUGGCGCAGGCCCAGGCGCUGAGGAAGCGGCGACGGCCCGAGGCUGCCGAGCGGCGGGCGCGGAGGCCAGAGGUGGCUCCCGGGCGCGGCGAGCAGGCCUCAGGCUACCUGGCACUGGCUCAGGGCCUCCUGGAGGGCGCGGGGCGUCCCCCGGCGACGCGGGCACCUCGGGCGGACAGGCAGGACGCGGCGAGCCGUUCUCGGUCUCCCCCGGCUCGCGAGGGCGGCGCUGGGGGCGGAGAGCAGCUGGUGGACCAGCUCAUCCGCGACCUGAAUGAAAUGGAUGAUGUGCCCUUCUUUGAUAUCCAGUUGCCUUAUGAAUUGGCAAUCAAUAUAUUUCAGUAUCUGAACAGGAAAGAACUAGGAAGGUGUGCACAGGUGAGCAAGACAUGGAAGGUGAUUGCGGAAGAUGAAGUGCUGUGGUACAGGCUGUGCCAGCGGGAAGGGCACCUUCCAGAGAGCAGCAUCUCCGACUAUUCUUGUUGGAAGCUCAUCUUUCAAGAGUGCCGAGCCAAGGAACACAUGUUAAGAACCAACUGGAAGAAUCGCAAAGGUGCUGUGAGUGAGCUGGAGCAUGUUCCUGACGCAGUGUUAUGUGAUGUGCAUUCUCACGAUGGUGUUGUCAUUGCUGGAUAUACAUCAGGGGACGUGAGAGUGUGGGACACCCGCACCUGGGACUACGUAGCCCCCUUCCUGGAAUCAGAGUAUGAGGAGGAUGAGUCUGGAAUGCAGCCAUAUGUCUCCUUUGUGAGGAUAAACAGCUCGCUGGCGGUAGCAGCUUAUGAGGAUGGAUUUCUUAAUAUUUGGGAUCUAAGGACUGGAAAGUAUCCUAUUCAUCGCUUUGAGCACGAUGCAAGAAUCCAGGCAAUAGCCCUCAGCCGAGAAGAUGCAACUGUUGCCACAGCAUCUGCUUUCGAUGUUGUAAUGUUAUACACCAAUGAGGAGGGCUACGGGCAGAUAACUGCAGAAUUUGAAGUGCAGAAACUGGUUGACUACCUUGAAAUAGUUCCAAACACUGGGAGGUACCCUGUGGCAGUAGCCACUGCUGGAGAUCUGGUGUACCUGCUAAAAGCCGAAGACUCAGCCAGAACCCUCCACUACGUCUAUGGCCAGCCUGUCACGUGUCUAGAUGUCUCAGCCAACCAGGUUGCUUUUGGUGUGAAGAGUCUGGGAUGGGUGUACGAAGGAAACAAGAUCCUGGUGUAUAGCCUGGAAGCAGAACGCUGCCUCUCGAAGCUGGGUAAUUCUCUUGGUGACUUCACUUGUGUCAACCUCAGGGACAGCCCUCCCAACCUCAUGGUCAGUGGCAACAUGGACAGGAGGGUGAGGAUCCAUGACCUCCGCACGGAUAAAAUUGCCCUGUCACUCUCCGCCCACCAGCUUGGGGUCUCUGCUGUCCAGAUGGACGACUGGAAAAUUGUCAGCGGAGGCGAGGAAGGCCUGGUGUCUGUGUGGGAUUAUCGGAUGAACCAGAAGCUGUGGGAGGUACAUUCCAGACACCCUGUGCGUCACAUCUCGUUCAACAACCACAGCCUCAUCACAGCCAACGUGCCCUACGAGAGGGUGGUGCGAAACGCCGACCUGGAUAACUUCGCUACGCACGAGCGGCACCGGGGGCUGAUCCACGCCUAUGAGUUUGCGGUGGACCAGCUGGCCUUCCAGAGCCCGCUUCCCAUGUGCCGUUCAUCCUCCGACACCACGGCUGGCUACAACCAUGACCUCGCGCUGGCUUUUUCCAAUGACCGUAUUUAGGGAGUCACCCCACCUAGGACCAGGGAGAAAGAUUUUACAAGUUUAAAAAGGACAGGGGAGCUGUGCACUGGUGUCUGAGGGUGGCUGGUAAGAAAGCAGCCCCAGGUGCACCUGUGUGACAGCGCAGGUUCCUCCCCCAGUUCAUUCCUCUCCCAAAGCUGGAGUUUGUCGUGGCUUAUUCCUCUGUCCUCUCUCCUAUGCCUUUGAGUACCACGCGCUGAUGACUCAAACUUAACCUCAGCCUCCUUCCCCAUGUGCCUCCGGCCCCCCAAGUGAUGCCCCCCCCCCAGUUCGUACACUACAGCUGCAGGCUGGCUCUUUGCCACCCCCCAACACCCAGUGUAAAGCUGACACAGCAGGACUCUUUCUUCAAGCUUUUACCAUGGUUUAGAAUUAUAUAUUUAUACAGUUAUUUCAUUAAUGA